UUAUACAUUUAAUUAUCAAUUUCUGACCACUGGGUCAGAGCCAGAGGAGGAACAACAUUUAUAACAAAAUUAAAAUAAAUUUAUAAUUUAAAAGAAUAAAGAUGCCAGAGUUUGUCCAAGGGACAUGUGAAGAAAUGUGCCCAGAUCAAGAAGUAAAGCUUCGAACAAAAGAGCGUUUACUUCACUUUUAUGAAUGUAAACCUGGCCAAAAAAACGUUCCUGGGAUUCUUGUUAAAUCAUUCUCCCGUUCGGCAGCCGGAAUCAAAAUACCAAGAAGAAAAGAUCUCCGCACACAACGUGCACUAAACCAAACUGUAGAAUACCUUCUCAAAGAAAUCAUACUUGAUAAAAGAAGACCCUUUAACCAUGUGUAUGACUUUGUUUUCGAUCGUCUCAGAGCUAUUCGGCAGGAAAUUGUGAUGCAAAGCUACGAUUCCACGGCGACCAUUAGACUUCUAGAACCAAUGAUUAUGUUCUUGGCUUACAGUCGAUACAGACUUUGCGAGGAAUCAGUUGAUAACUUUGACCCGAAAAUCUGCGACCAACACCUGCAGGAGUGUUUGAAGAGAGUCCUCUGCUGCUACGACGAAGUUUAUGCUAAGUUUGGCUAUGAAAAUAUGAAACUCAAUGCGAUCCGCAGCAGAAUUUUUAUCGAAUCUAUCUACCAGCUGUUUAAUCUAGGCUCGGUUGAAGCCCUAACGAGAUGUGUUCAUCUCCCUGUUGAAAUAAAAACCGACCCUAUAUUCGCGGCGGUCUAUUCAAUAGCCCUUAAUCACUUCCAAGGAAACUUUUAUAAGGUCCUUGAUGGUGUAGCUCGUCUUCCGCACAUAUUAUGUGCAACAUCCUGUCUAAAACUUCAAAUUAUUAGAAGACAAGUAUUCCAAAUCUUUGCCUCGGCUUAUAGCAGCAAGCAACUCUUGCUACCGGUAGACUGGCUUCGCAAAUUACUCCUUUACAGCAACAAUAGCGAAGUUGUUCAAGAUUGUAAAUAUUUUGAAUUGGAAUAUAUUUCCGAGAAAAAUGCCAUACGUUUUUAUAAAAGCGAUUUUAAAUGCGAGAAUGUUCCUCUCAAACAAAAGCAUGAAGGAUUUGCAGAUGAAAAAUUAAAGAAAAUCUAUUUACCCGAUAUUUUAUUGUUAAAAAAAUUAUAAAACGUUUUUACCUGCUAUUUUUAUAUUUAAAAUUUAUUUGAAUUAUAAUAUUGUGUAAUUAUAAGUUGGAUAUUAUACCUAUAUUAACAAAUAUAUACACCUUUUUAAACAUUUAA